UUUCGAAUUGCCUUUCUGCGGGGCUACAUAGUAUGAGUCGAACUCGGCAAGAAGAUCAGCAGACAUCGCUGGCUCCUUGCGAUGAGAGGAUGUGGAUGGUGUGGCGCCCCCAGUAUAGAUCUUCAAGGCCCGGAACGUUGCGGCUCUCUUCGGGGUGGUGGGGUAAAUAUCGAGUGGAAACUUCAGCAGAAGGAACCUUCUACUCAAUCGGAACUCAAAGCCUUCUGUGGAGAAGUGGGGUAGUUUUUGGUCGAAUCUUGAGAUGUAAAUUGUCCAAGAUGUUGUUGAUAUUGGACCCCGGCGAGGGUUAUCGCGGAAGGAUACCGCGCCCCACAGUCAUCACGUCACGAAGCUCAUCAACGACCUUGGAAGCUUGAGCAACCUUGGGAGUUACCAGCCUCCCAGAGUUGCAGUAAUGAGGUCUUUGGAGGAAUCGAGGCAGAGGUGGCAAAAGACCACAGAGGGAGCCUCUAAAGUUGGUGGCCUCAAGAGCCUAGUUAAGGCCGACGCUGAUAGCAUAUGCGAAUCUGGCUUGCGCUCUGUUUGUUGGAAAGCUUUCUUAUUGUUUCAGAGUGUUGAUCGUAACACAUGGGCGGCGACCAGUGAGGACUCGAGGGCUGCGUACAGUGCGCUGAAAUCUCAUUUUCUGAGAUUCAUUGAACGACCAGGCGACCUUGAUUCUACUAUCGAUCCUCUUAAUGAUGAUGACAAUUCUCCCUGGAAUACUCUCCGUAGAGAUGAGCAACUUUGCGUCGAAAUCACUCAAGAUGUCGAAAGAUGCAUGCCUGACGAGCCAUAUUUUCGACUCCCCGAGACCCAGAAGACACUUCUGCACAUCCUGUUUAUAUACUGCAAAAUCAAUCAGGAUAUAGGGUAUCGGCAAGGUAUGCACGAACUUGCUGCACCAAUUUUACUGGCUAUGCAAAGAGAUGCACUGGCGCCAAUUGCCCCAGAGGGGUCAGUACUUUCGGAUGAUGGCGACCGUUUAAUGUUCACUACACUGGAUGCAAGCUUCAUAGAGCAUGAUUCUUUCACCCUAUUCAACUUAAUCAUGAGGACAGCAAAGUCGUUUUACGAACUCGGUGAGCCUGAUAAGAGGCUUAAUGCAGGGUCUACAUCCAGCUCUCAAUAUGGAUCUUCCCCAAUAGUCCAGAGGAGCAAGCAAAUACAUGAAGUACUGCUUGCCCAAGUCGACCCUGAACUAGCCUUGCACUUGACUCAGAUAGAAAUCUUGCCUCAAAUAUUUAUCAUACGGUGGAUCAGACUGCUUUUUGGCAGAGAGUUUCCUUUCGAGGAUUUACUGGCGUUAUGGGAUAGGCUAUUUGCAGAAGACCCCGACCUAGAGCUUAUAGACAUGAUUUGUGUUUCGAUGCUACUGAGGAUUAGAUGGCAGUUGCUCGAUGCAGACUACUCUGUGGCGCUUACAUUACUGUUGAAAUAUCCCCAUCCGACACCUCCUUACGGUCCUCAAACCUUCGUCGAGGAUGCUAUUUACCUGAGAGAGAACCUCAAUCAACCUGCUGGGGCGAAACUUAUAAACAAAUAUACUGGACGAGCUCCAGUUCCGCCAUCAUCACGCCCUGUGCCUGCUACCCCCGCUGGACGGGCAAAGCCGCAUCGUGCUGAGAGCAGAUUUGCGGGGCGCAAAUCGCCUCUACCUUCACCUGCUAGAUUCUUGCAAGACCAAGGCGGCGUUGAGGCCCUUCUACAGGGGGCUGCCAAGGGUGUUUUCGACCGUGGAGAAAGGCUUGGAAUUAACCAGGUUGUGCGGGAUGCCGUUGAUGAGGUAAAGAGGAACAUGCAAGGGCUCUCACCCGGACCCGGGUCUCCUCGCAGGUUCCCUCGUAGCAAUGCGCUGUCGGUAGAUGAAGUGGUGACAGAGACUGGGAAAUCACUGGCUGAUUUGGAGGUACGAAACAAGACACUGGCACUAUUACUAAAUGGCACAAUAGAAGAGAUCCAGAAAGCAUCCGACUCGACUGAGGAUGCAUCAACCAAGGCGAUAUCUAUCAAUAACGGAAUCGAGAAGCUUAGAUUCAUAAUGCUUCGACUGGAGGACUCUAGCCUACCGCUAGAACCGGACACUCCGCGUGCUGCACCAGAUGCCCGAGUUACCGCAACGAUUGAACCCGAAGAAAAACGUCAAGUUCAAGCAAGCAAUGUAGCUACUCCAAUUAGCCCACUGAAGGACAUUGAAACAACAAAUUUGUCGGGAGAAACCCCUCCGCCAACUGCGGGGUCCUCCCCUACACUCGGCAGGACUAUUCCUAGGAGACCAAGGACUUCAGUCAGCCAGCCUUUGGAAGGUCUCGAUGCAGGACCAGGCAAGCCAGGGCAGCCAGCAACUGGGAUUCCUGCUCGGUCGACACUGGCUCAGUCGUCGUUCGCGUGGAUGCUGGGGCCAGACGAGCACUCGGUCCCAUCCGACCAACCCGCAUUGAUGAAGAGCUCGUCGCCAUUUUUAUCAUCUGGUCGCAAACCUGGUUCAAGCACAUCCAGGGAGAGAAGCGCAUUUCUCUUCGGUGAUGAUGCUGACGAGGAUGACGUAAAUUCACCGGCGUCUCCUAAACGUGCUGGGAGCAAGGGUGACUUUGGCCUUGAGGCCAUGAAAAGGACCGACACGUGAUAAAAUGAUACACGAUUGAUAUCCACGGCGGGUGAAAUUUAGCUUUUGAGCUUGGAACUAUGGAGGUAGAAUAGACAGGCUAUGCCCCCUGUACACGAUGUUGCACUGUACAAGUAAUCAUAUUGACAUGAGAGCCCAGACCUAUCUACACUGCAUGAACGUGAUUACAACACCCAAUAAUGGGAGCUUCAUGGUUAGGCGACAGUGGCAGAGAGCACACUGCCAACAUCGACUGGAGCAGCACAGCGUUACUCUUCUAGGGUUAUGUGAUGUGAAGUGAGCUGACCGGGGGGCCUCUGACCCUUCACAGUGUCUCACAACGCUUGGCCGCGGACAUUACCUGCAGGCUCCGGGGGCAAGCUCAUGCAGGGCGAUUCUUUUGGCAAGCGUGCAACGGCUCGUCCAUAGCUCAUACGGCAUUUCGAGCGGGAACAAGGGAAGCAAGCACCACCCAAUACAGAAAGAGCUCUUCCGCGUCGUUGCAUUGUGUGGAUAUUAUAGGGUAGAAGUGAAGAAGCCAAACAGCGGCGAGCAGCCAACUAACAGUAGCCAACAGAAUCAACAGAGCCUAGGAUCAACAGCGUCUAGGAGAAUGAAUUACAAC